AUGAUGAAAACUCUGUCAUCUGUUUCUUCAUUUGCAGUGUCACUCUUGUUUGAAAUCAUGAACAUUUGGAAUGCCACCUCAAAUUUCAUUCUCCUGGGACUCUUUAACCACACAGGAGCCCACCUAUUUCUCUUUGUGAUGGUUCUGACAAUUGCCUUCAGCUCUCUAGUAGGGAAUGCCCUCAUGAUCCUCCUGAUUCACCAGGAUGCCCGGCUCCACACACCUAUGUACUUCUUAUUGAGUCAACUCUCCCUCAUGGACAUGAUGCUGGUCUCCACCGUUGUGCCCAAAAUGGCAGCUGACUACUUGACUGGCCAGAAGUCCAUCUCCCCUGCUGGCUGUGGGUUGCAGAUCUUUAUCUUCCUCACUUUGGGAGGGGGUGAAUGCUUCCUCUUAGCAGCCAUGUCCUAUGACCGCUAUGUGGCUGUUUGCCACCCACUGAGAUACCCCUUUCUCAUGAGCUGGCAAUUAUGCCUGAGAAUGGCUGUGGGGUCUUGGUUCCUGGGGGCAGCUGAUGGGCUCAUGCAGGCUGCUGCUACCCUGAGCUUCCCAUUUUGCAAUACACAUGAGAUCAAUCAUUUCUUCUGUGAGGCCCCUACUCUGGUGCAUUUAGCUUGUGCUGACACAGUUGUUUUUGAGUAUGUGAUGUACAUCUGCUGUGUAUUAAUGCUCCUGGUCCCAUUUUCUCUCGUCCUGAUUUCCUAUAGUCUCAUCCUUGCUGCAGUUCUUGAGAUGUGUUCUAGAGAGGCCUGCAAGAAGGCUUUUGCCACCUGUUCCUCACAUCUCUUUGUGGUGGGACUCUUAUAUGGAGCUGCUGUUUUUAUCUACAUGAGACCCAAAUCCUAUAGGUCAGCUAAUCAUGAUAAAAUAGUAUCAGUGUUCUAUACUAUCUUCACCCCAGUGUUGAACCCCAUUAUCUACGGUCUGAGAAACAGUGAAGUGAAGGGAGCCCUGAGAAAGUGUAUGAGUCAGUGUGCUACCUUAAGUCAUGACUAA